CGGUUUCCAAUCCAUUGUACCAACAAAAUUGCGUUCUAAAAUCUACAUCAAAGGACAAAUUCAAAAAACACAAAGUAUAAUCGAAAUUUGAAACGUAAAAACAAUAAAAAGUGGCCAGUUUCUUGUGCGAGCAAAUAAAAACAAAACGAGUUUUCGUCUGUAAUAACUACGGGUUGUGUUGACAGGAUUGGUGGUAAUUAGUGAAGAUGAGUGACAAUAUUUUUUUGGGAUCUGAAAUUCUUUUAUACUUCGUGUGAAUUUGGCACGCGCCUUUUGUGACGCUUGUAUUUAGAUGGACGAACAAAAUGACGUUUGCAUGAGAAACUGAAUACGUGAAUGCGGAGAGAAAGAUAUAUGUAUUUCGGAUAGAAGAUGUUCUACAACUACAGCUCUACUUCUGAGGACUUAACAACCAUGAGGUGGCAUUCGUGAAAACGAACAUGGAUAAGAAUAAGAAGAAGAAUCACGUCAACGGGAAAUAUAAGAAAAAUGGUAAAUCUGACAACUACAGAGUCGAUGACGAUGUUCUUACGACUUGUUGCCUUUGCGUCAAGACCAAAAAGACUAAGAAGAACAAUUUAGUAGCUGGCUGUAUCACCAACCUUGGUAUAUUUGUCCUCCUUCUAGCUUACACUUUACUUGGAGCGUUUAUUUUUCUUGCCAUCGAAGGAACAGCAGCGAAAGUCCAUCAGAAAACACUUGCCACAACAUCUUAUCAGGCAGAAAACCAGAAGACUGUCCAAACACCUAAGCUUAAUGGGAGUAUCGCGCAGGCAAGUGCUGAAUUAAGAUCUCAGACAGUUGAAAGUAUUUGGGAGAUCACUGUAUCUUUGAACAUUUUAUAUAAAGAGAACUGGACUAGAUUAGCAGCUCAGGAGAUAGCGCGGUUCCAAGAGAAGUUGGUGGCUCGAGUGGCAGCGGAUGUUUCAGCUCAAUAUGGAGGAGCGAGGGCUUUGGAAUCUGCGCCAGCAUUGGUCAUCGACGAUUAUGAGUGGAACUUUGCGAAGGCUUUUCUUUAUUCUCUGACAGUUCUUACUACUAUAGGAUAUGGAAGCGUGGCUCCAAAAACUGCACUCGGGAAAGCUGUUACUAUUGGAUAUGCUGUUAUAGGUAUACCACUAACCCUACUCUAUUUAUCAGUUGUUGGAGCUCUGCUAUCAAGAUUGGCUCGAAGCGUUUUCAGCAGAGCACUAUGUUGCUGCCUAUGCACAAAAUGUGGAUUCUGUUGUCUUGAUGAACGAACAUUGGCCAGCAAAGAACGAAAGGAAAAAGUCAGAAGGCAAGAAGAAUAUACUCGGAGUCAAACACUGCACCUUCAAGAGCCAUAUUACGUAAGAUCACCAUCUGGAACAAUUAUCUCCGCGUCACAAGCACACAGCGUCAGCUCCAAUUCCAUAAAAGAAAAACCUCAAGGUCUUGGUUUUCUGAGAGACUGUGAUUCCACAAGUUGCACUGAUACAGAUUCUAAGGUCUCCUUACGUGGAUUUUCCAUUCUGGCCCCAGUUUCCCUAUGCCUUGUCGCAAUAUUUUCUUACAUAUUCUUCGGCGCUCUGAUUCUGUAUCAGCUUGAAGGAUGGAGUCCAAUCGAUGGGGUUUAUUUCUGCUUUAUGAGCCUCAGUACAAUUGGUUUUGGGCAUUUAGCUCCAGGAGCUACACAAAAGAAUGGAGCGUCUACUGGUACUGUAUGGUUCUGCUCGAUUUACAUCAUGACUGGCUUGGCUUUGACGGCAAUGUGCUUCAACGUUUUGCAUGAUGAAAUUGUUCACCGUUUGAGGCACCAUGAAAAAGUCUUGAAGGCGAAUCAGAAAGUUCUGACUCCGGAAUUCUUGCGCAGAUCUUGACGAGACGAAGGUAAUUUAUCUGAAGAAACGACGGUGUCAGAAGGGGAGUCGUUACCUGAAGUCUUGCAUCAUAUUUCAUCAAGAUUUAUAGGAGGAGCUGUAAGAAGAUCUGUUCAUACCUUUAAAGAAGAGAAUGAACCAGGUAGAACGACUCUUACGUAAAUUAUGCUAUUUCGUGUUGAGUGUUUUUUGGAGAAAUCUGAAAUUUUUUAUGUUAUCUUCGAGUCAAAGUUUGUAUGCCAAUUUUUUGUAGAUUUUUGAUACGGCAACGUUUUAAGCUAUGUUUUACACCCGGAGUAGAAGGUAAUAUAGUUGUCACACUCUAACCUAUAUUAUUUUCAUUAUUUAUAAUGUUUCGUUUGAAUGUAUUGUAUUUAGCCAAUUUUUUUAAUAAGUGUAGAUAUCUUAGAGGUACUAAUUGAAAUUAAUUUCGUACUUGCUUUACAAAAGUAACAAACUUGUACGUCAUUUAUUGAAGUGUAGUCUACAAGCAGGUACUCCUUUGUCACCGUUAUGCUGUUCUUGUUAAAUCGAUUCUUGAAUGCUGUCAUGCUGCUAUUCUUCAAAAUGCAAGAUCGUUGAGCUGUAUUCGUUUUUCCGUUUCUAUCAUACGACUCUCUGUCAGAAUAUAUGAAUGUCAAAAAAUCAGUUUGUAGAUGGACCGUGAGCAGGCUCAAAAGUGUUAACAAUUAUGUACCAGUUAAGUGAAAAAUGACUGACCACAUUUUAUUUGUAGGAUAUAAUUACUAAACAUUCUUAGAAUAGUAAAUAACCUUUUAUUAACGCGUUAAACUACACCUUAGCCAGUUUUCAAAAGCGCAUUUGCUAUUUAAAUUCAGGUAAUGUAAAGAAAACACAUUUUAUACUAAAUUUUUGAUAAAUAGACUUGUGUUAAUUGUUUUAAUAUAUUUUUUUAGAUAGAUGUUUUUAUUAUUGUUGAUUCAUAAAGCAAAUAUUGUACUGGCUUAUUGUUUUAUUCAAGUUGCAUACUUACGUAAAGUACUUUGCCACUGAAGUUUAUAAGUCGAAAAUCUGAAACCUAGAUCAAUGAAUAUUCUUAUAUAUUUUACAGGAAAUAAAGAUUCAAC